GCCAUGGCCGGCCGUGGGCUCCCCCGCCGCGGCAGCCGGGGCGGGAGCGGGCGGCGCUGCCCGGCCGCCUCCCGGCGGGCAUGGGCGGGCUCUGAGGGCGCGGCGCGGCCCCGAUCUCUGGAAGCGGUGUUUGGAAACCCUGGUUCCCAGGCAGAGAAACUAAAAGCCAGGCUGGCCGAAAGUUGAGGAGCAAGCUAGAGUUAGGCUCUGGGCGGACCAGGCUCAGCAUCCUGCACCUCGGCUCUCUGGGACCCUUCUCUGCGGAUCUGAUGACUUGACACAGCGCAUCGGGACCUUACCCCGUGGCGGCUCGGGGUGGAGGCUGGGGUUUUGUUAGAAGAGCAAAGCAGUGAGGAUCUGACCCCCGAGCGAGGCUCUCCCAGCACAGCACCUUUGGCACAUGAUAAAGACCUGCUGGUAUUUCAGGACUGGAAGCAGCAGCAGCAGGAGGAGGAGGAGCAGCCCUGUACCUAAGCUCAUGUUGUCAUUGGCAAAGCAGUACAUGAGGGCACUGUGAGGAUAAGUUUAGCACACUGGAAGCAUGGCUACAAGUGCCGUUCCCAGCGAAAACCUCCCCACGUACAAGCUGGUGGUGGUUGGAGAUGGUGGCGUGGGGAAGAGCGCUCUCACCAUUCAAUUUUUCCAGAAGAUUUUUGUGCCAGACUACGACCCAACUAUUGAAGACUCCUACCUGAAGCACACAGAAAUAGAUGGCCAGUGGGCAAUCCUUGAUGUUCUGGAUACUGCAGGCCAAGAGGAGUUCAGCGCGAUGCGGGAGCAGUACAUGAGGACUGGAGAUGGCUUCCUUAUAGUCUACUCUGUGACAGACAAGGCCAGCUUCGAGCACGUGGACCGCUUCCACCAGCUGAUCCUCAGAGUCAAAGACAGAGAGUCCUUUCCAAUGAUCUUGGUGGCGAACAAAGUUGAUCUAAUGCAUUUACGGAAAAUUACAAGAGAACAGGGAAGAGAAAUGGCAACAAAACAUAAUAUUCCGUAUAUAGAAACUAGUGCCAAGGACCCACCUCUAAAUGUUGACAAGGCCUUCCACGAUCUCGUUAGGGUAAUAAGGCAACAAAUCCCAGAGAAAAGUCAGAAGAAGAAGAAAAAGACCAAAUGGCGAGGGGACCGAGCCACAGGCUCCCACAAACUCCAGUGUGCCAUUUUGUGACGGGAGUGCCUUGGACGUCUCCCACCUCCCCCCGACCCACGGCAAGGCACAGCGCAAGGCCCCGCUGGGCUCCCAGUGGCAGCUCUAGCUCGGAGGAGGCGGCUCGAGGGGUCCGGACCCCGGGGUGAUCGGCCAGAGGGGGCUGCGCCUGGGGCGCCGUGGGAGCCAUGCUAACAGGAGGCGGAAGGGAGUGGCAGGACCUCGACGCUUGAACAUCCCCAGCUCCUUCCAGAGGCCUCCAUGGUGUUUGUUUAAAAAAGAAAAAAAAAAAAAAAAGAAAAAAGUGAAAAAGUGUUCGUUUUAUCUGCAAACAUUUCUCCUUGUGACCCGUUUAUGGACAGCCAUGAAUAGCCCCCUGUUUGGUACAGUCGUGAGUGUCUGUGUGGGGGAAGGGAAAGGGCUUUUCUUUUUUUUUUUUUUUUUUUUUUCCCCUUGUCCUCUUCUCCUUUUUCGUUGUUUGCUCAGCAAGCAUUGGGUUGCAAAGAAACAUGGCUGGGGUUAGAUUUUUUGCACUGAACUCUCUCCUAUGCGGCAGUGCCAAAACACGACUUCAUAUGAAAGUGCAUAGAUUUGAAGGAAGAAAAUGAAUUCCAGCUGCUCUGGGUGCUCCAGACAUUAUGUCAGACUCUGGAGGGCAGCCAGCUCACAGACCAUAAACUCCAGCUUAGGAAAGGAGGUUUGGGCUUGGAUAUUUUUUUUUCUUACCCUUUGUCAAGAGGUUUUGUUUCUGUUUUGUAACUUGGGGCAUGUUAAAGUUAAGAUGUUUUGUUAACCUGCAAGUAUUUAAAUUAAAGUAAUUUACAAAUGGAA